CGGCUUCAGGGGUCGUUCGGACAAGCGCACCCUGAUGCACCUGCUUUUUUUCCAAGUGCCCCCCCAGGGCAAGAGGGAUCAGACGAGACGAGGCACGCACGCAAGAAGGAGAUGUGUGUUGGGCGCGCCCGGGGGGGAGGCUUAAUACAUACAUACAUACAUACAUAACUGUGAAGGCCAGUAUAACCGAUGCCGAUGUCACCCCGGACCCCCGAACCUGUGCAUCCUUUUACCUAGGCUCGCGGAGAAAGCGGAAAGCAUCACGCAAAGAAAGGGCCGACCCUGCUUCGGUCAAUCGUCCCGCGGCUACUCUUCUCUCUACUACUACUACAUACCACUCUGUACUAUCGUAAAUUCACAAGGGUCACCUACUACCCAACCUACUAUCCUCUCCUUGACGUCUUUCAUUUUCUUCCCAGCCCCCAAACAAAUCUUUUGCUGUCUGUCCGUUGCCUCCUUAAUUCCCCCCCUUCCCCGGCUUUUUAGCUCCACUUGCCUAGGAGAAGUUGGGAUGUUUGCCGCGAUCGCAAGGACCGCAAGGACAGAGGCUCGGUCGCCCGCUCUUAGGAAUAUCAUUCCCAGACAAACCCAGACGCCACUGAGAUUGGCAACAAUGGCUUCCAGAAGGAACAACUCCUCCCUGCCCGCCGGCUACGUCGAGGACAAGUCCAAGGGCCCAAUGCUCCGCUUCCAAGACUCCCUCCCCAAGCUCCCCGUCCCAACCCUCGAAGAGACCGCGGCCCGCUACCUCAAGUCCCUCAAGCCUCUCCUCUCCCCCGCCGAGCUCGAGAAGAGCACAAAGGCGGUCCAGGAGUUCAUCGCCCCCAACGGCCCGGGCCGCAAGCUCCAGGAGAAGCUCCUCGCCCGCCGCGAGGACCCCAAGCACAAGAACUGGAUCUACGAGUGGUGGAACGACGCCGCUUACCUCUCCUACCGCGACCCCGUCGUCCCUUAUGUCAGCUACUUUUACUCUCACCGCGAUGACAAGCGCCGCCGCGACCCUGCCAAGCGCGCGGCGGCCAUCACCACCGCCGCGCUCGAGUUCAAGAAGCAGGUUGACACGGGCACGCUGGAGCCCGAGUACAUGAAGAAGCUGCCGAUUUGCAUGGAUAGCUACAAGUGGAUGUUCAACUGCAGCCGUGUGGCUGCCAAGCCGGCGGAUUACCCCGUCAAGUUUGACCCGGCGCAGAACAAGCACAUUUUGGUGAUCCGCAAGAACCAGUUCUUCAAGGUCGCGCACGAGGUCAACGGGCAGCAGCUUAAUACCUCUGAGCUGGAGCAGGCGUUCCGUCGGGUUUAUGAGCUCGCCGGGCAGCGGGUUCCUGCUGUUGGCGCGCUGACGUCGGAGAACAGAGAUGUCUGGACUGACGCGCGCGCGAAGCUCUUGUCUGCCGACCCCAAGAACGCCCAGUCCCUCGAGGCGAUCGAGUCGGCUUCGUUUGUCGUCUGCCUUGACGAUGCGGCUCCUGUGACGCUUGAGGAGCGCGCGCAUGCUUACUGGCAUGGUGACGGGCAGAACAGGUGGUAUGACAAGCCGCUUCAGUUCAUUGUCAACGACAAUGGCACGUCGGGUUUCAUGGGGGAGCACUCCAUGAUGGACGGCACGCCCACCCACAGGCUGAAUGACUUUGUCAACGACGUCAUUUUCAACAACAAGCUCGACUUUGCCGACCCGACUGUCCGGAGCAAUCUGCCCGAGCCUCAGGUUGUCAAGUUUGUCGUCAACAAGGAGGUGCAGUCCGAAAUCGACAGGGCCAUCACCGACUUCAACAACGUCAUUGGCCAGCACCAGCUCGCGGUGCAGGCGUACCAGGGAUACGGCAAAGGGCUGAUCAAGAAGUUCAAGUGCAGCCCCGACGCGUACGUGCAGAUGAUCAUCCAGCUGGCGUAUUUCAAGAUGUACGGCAAGAACAGGCCUACGUAUGAGUCUGCCGCUACCAGACGCUUCCAACAAGGCCGUACCGAGACUUGCAGGACUGUUUCCGAGGAGUCAGCGAACUGGUGCAAGAGCAUGGCUGAUCCUGCCAUUCCCGACUCUGAAAAGGUGACCCUGUUCAGAAAGGCGAUUGAUGGGCACUUGGAGUACAUCUCUGCCGCGAGCGACGGCAAGGGCGUGGACAGGCAUUUGUUUGGGCUGAAGAGGUUGUUGGGCAAGGGGGAGGAGGUGCCGGCUCUGUAUCAGGAUCCGGCGUAUGGGUAUUCUUGCUCGUGGUAUCUCAGCACCAGCCAGCUGUCGAGCGAGUUUUUUAACGGGUACGGGUGGAGUCAGGUUAUUGAUGAGGGGUUUGGGAUUGCGUAUAUGAUUAAUGAGAAUAGCUUGAACUUCAACAUUGUCAGCAAGGGCCUCGGGAGCGAAAAGAUGAGCUACUACCUUAGCGAGGCGGCCGGCGAGAUGAGGGACUUGUUGAUUCCUACUCUUGAGGCGCCCAAGGCCAAGAUCUGAGCUCACGGUUGAGGGAUCUAACGAGGGGCCUGCAAAAGAUGGACGAACAUAGAAAGACAGAAGAUCAACAUUUACAACAGACAGACAGAGACCGAGGGAAGAAGGGCAAAACACAGUUCAUGGGGGUUUCAUACUGUUUUUUGUUUUGUUUUUUGGCUGUUUAGGAAAGAGGAGAGAGAAGGAAAGAAAGGCAUAUAUAGCAUUUACAGCUGGUUUGCUGGUUUGAUUUGUUGGCUUCUUACACAUAGACCAUUACAGCUCGCGCCCUGCCUGCCUGCC